AUGAAGCUUCUUAAAUUUUUGUCGCUUGGCGCCGUCUCCACACAUGCUUGGACCCUCCUGGACCCCGUCUACGACCAGAUGGCAAGUCUCAUCAUGAGCCAAGUUACUGGUCUCUUCGAGAGCAUCCAGGGCGAGCUCUCAGCUGCUGGUGAUGCUACCCCCGUCUUUGAUGAGUUCAUCACAAAAUUCAAAGCCAUCGAUAAUGCCGAUGUCGUCCGAGUGCUCAAGAGCAUCGAUAUCGAGCUUCUUUUGGAUGGCGGGCUUACCCCAGACGAUCUCGUCCAGAUUUUUGACGCAGAAAUCCAAGAUCCUAACAGUGAAUUCUAUGGCAUGGACUUGAGCCAAGUCGGUAUGGAAUUCACCGCCAACCUUGACCCUGCUCAUAUCGAGCCAUUCAAUAAUGCUCUUCUUGCUAUGACUGAGUCAGCCGGUGUUUUCCAGGAUCUUUACAAUGGCGACAUCAACCUCCACAACAUCGUCGGCUCCUUCGCUGAUAUCAUGGAUGCUGCUAUCACUCUCAACGACGUCUACAGCUUCACCGAUAGCGAUACUCUUACUCAGGGUCUUUUCUACACCUCAGUCAUUGCCGAGAAGGGUCUCUUCGUCUGGGAAGAAUGGAAGGAAUACCUUUACAUGUACGAAGAUGCGGUCGAUCUCACCAUGAACGAAUACAACCGACGAGUCGUCGAUACCGACGAACGAUUCUGCAACGGAGACGUUGGCAUUAUCAAGGCUACUCAGGAAAAACUCAAGUUCGUUCCCAACGUCGUCAUUGAUAACUGGACUACUCCAGUCAAGAAGAGCGUUGAUAUCUUUAACACUCUUGUUGAAAAUAUUCCAGUUGUCGAAAACUACGCUGUCUCAGACACUAUUCUCGACACCCUCAUCGCUCAACUCGAUGUCGCCAUGCUCUCCGUCGAUGGAACUCUCACCGAGCUCUACGCAAUGACCCUUCCCUUCGCUUCUCAGAUCAACACCGCUGCCCGCGGAUACUUCUGCUAA